AUGAACGGCAUUAGCCUCUUGUGCGAUGCCGCGGGCUCCGACAUGCUGAACACGCUCUAUUCCCCGCCCGAACCACCGAAACAACCGGCCCCUCCCAAACGCAAACUGAGUCUCUCCGACGCAUCUCCCUCCGCGACACAUGUUUGCCAUAUCUGCAAGCGCGUCUACGAGCGAGCCGACCAUCUGACGCGCCAUCUCCGAUCACACGAGAAUGCAAGGCCCUAUCAGUGUUCUCGCUGUCCAAAGCGAUUCAAUCGCGCCGACCUCCUGACCCGCCACGAGACCACCCACGACCGAGAUUCCACCGGCAAGGGCCGAACCUUCAUUCGGAGGAGCGAUCGCGCCGCUGAGGCCUGUCUGAACUGCGCUGCCUCCAAGUCCAAGUGCGAGGAUGCAAAACCAUGCUCACGUUGUCGCUCCAAAAGCCUGCCUUGCGAAGUCCCCUCAAAGCGCACACAUCCCCACCGAACAUCUACUGACGAGGGACACUCCACACCUUCCGAAACUUCCACGAUGCAUGCUGGGAUGGACAUGAAUGGGGGAAUGGACUCUGGCCCGGUGGCAUAUAGCAGCUCCAGGAUGUCCAUGAUGCCCUCAAAUCCUGACAUGAGCCACGAAAUGGACGGGCCAUCAUUCAUGAACGACGGUUUCGCAAACCCGGUGAUCGACAUGGUAAUGGACGAUAUCGUCAACUUCAACCCGGUCCAUAAUUACUUCCAGGAUAUGGACUUCUCCUCUUGGGACCUUAACUUCGACACCAUCACUGUACCGCAAAUUGAUGUCCAUCCGAGCCCGGAAUCAACAACAACCAACCGCUCAAAGUCUGCCACCCGUAACGCUUCAAGAGCUCACGCUGCCUUCAAGCGGUCACCCUGGUUAUGGGAACCGGGGCCCAAGGAUCAUGCACUUCACCAUGCUUCUCCUCAGGAUAAGGAGCGGCUCGUCUUUGAUGAAAACAACUUGGCAAACUCGCCAGCAUUCGACAAGCUAAUCAAUACGCCGGGUACCAAGCUGAAAAUGACAGCUUCCGCAAGAGACAGCCUUCUAGCCCUGGUUGUGGCCAGCACGGUGCAAAAGGGAGCCCGUCAACGGACGCCCUCGUUUCCAACUCUGGACCUCUUGAAUUAUCUGGUUCAAGCCCACUUCAUCCAUGACGAACACCAGAGCGACAGCUGGAUUCACAUAGCAACCUUUGAUGCGACUGCGGCGAUACCCGAAUUGCUCGCUGGCAUACUGUCCAGUGGCGCAACAUACAUCUCCAUACCAGCGGUCUGGCAAUUCGGGUACUCUCUUCAUGAAGUCCUGCGUCUCGCACUGGCAGACCUGUUCGAGGGUUCCAAUACUUUCACCCGAGAUCUCGGUGCUCUCCAAGCCUUCAUGUUGAACCUCGACAUCGGCAUUUGGAGUGGCUUCAAACGGAAGAUGGAAAUUGCAGAGAGCUUCUUGCAACCUCCCAUGACCAUGCUGAGAAGGGCUGGCAACUUCUCGGCCCCACCGGACUCACCCUCACUCAUUCCAACCAUGGCCGAUCCCCCAGAUGUCCUCGAUUCCAAGUGGCGCAAGUUCGCGAAGCGCGAGUCUUACAAACGGCUUGUUCUGCAUCUUUUCUUUCACGACAUUGAAACAUCCAUCGGCUUCUGUAAGAACCCACUCAUGUCUUUCACCGAACUCAGCUUCAGUCUCCCCGCAUCUCGUGACCUAUGGCGGGCGCGAACUGCGGAGCAAUGGCGCAGCAUAUACAUUGCCAAGACCAACGCUGCCCCAGAUCGCACCAUCCCUAGGGUCUGUGAAGUCAUGCAUUGCACUGAAAUUCUCGAUGACCUUGAGCAGUUGGUGGACAUGGAGCUUUGUUAUAUGGCUUUACUCCACGGAUACUGGGGUCAAAUUGGAGCGUACAGAGAAGCCAUCAAGUUUUACACCGACGGCAUGUCGAACAAGCGAAGCACGACUCACAAAUUAUGGCUCAAAACACAAUAUCAGGAGUUAUACCGGGAUCUAAACGACUUCUCAACAAUGAUCCUUACCUCCAAAAGGCCUACAGCGCAACUAGCGGUGAUGUCUGAGGUGUUGAUGAUGGUACUUCACGUGUCACCCGACAUUCUUCAAACGUUCGCGGGAAAGGCUGGCGAGGACGAGGCUCGACGAACGUACAGUAGCCUGGAGGAAAGCUGGGUCAAAACUUCGGAGGCUCGGCAUGCUAUUUGGCACGCAGGCCAAAUUUUCCAUCACGCGCGUCAACUUCCACCUGCCUCGUUACGAGACUUCAACGCCAUUGCGGUCUACUUCGCCUGUCUCACUCUCUGGGCCUACGGACUGCUCUCGUGCUCCGCUUCUAGGCACGGGUCGGAUCCGGAAGUGGGAAGUGGCAAUAGAUCCGGAGGCUAUAUCCUUAUGGAUUCGGAAGAAAACCGCGAGACGAGGGCAUUCCUUCAACUCGACCGCGGUGUGCCUGGUCUGACAUUGAACGGCAACCCCGCUGACGGUGUUGAAUCGUUAUCAAACCCGAGUGUGGUACUCUCUGUUGCACGAGACAUUUUUAGGAACAACUUUCCUGUUGUUUCAGAGCCUUUGCCCCCGCUAGUUGAGAGCUUAAGAAGCCUUCUUCAAGAUCUAGGUUCGGGCGCAGCAGGCCGACCAUCGAGAGCUGCCAGCGUUGACGAUAUGUGA